UUAUUUAUGUGGAACAGCCCAUCGUCUUCUCGCUCAUUCAAACCGUUGGUUCAGCAGAGCAAAGUUCCAGACACAGACAGACAGACAUGCACACACACUGAGGAAGGAAGGAAGGAAGGACAGAGAGGAGAAGAAUCCUCAUUGAACCCGAGAAGGAGAAGAACACCCACCCCCUGUGCGAGCGCUAAUUAGCUCCAAGAAACAUAGCAGCAAAGCAACAGCAACAGGACAGCAAAUCCUUCUGCCGGCAACCCAACCCCCAGAUCCGCCAUCUUCCCUACCCGCAUUUGCUAUAAUUCCCCCCCGCUCGCCCUCCCUACGGAGGCGAUGGACUCCUCGCCGGCGUCUUUCGGAGGAGACUGCUGCGACGACGUCAUGAGGCACCAGCGCCGGCGGCGGGCGGCCGCGGGUAAGCCCGAGAAGGGUUGCCGGUUGGGGCGGCAGCAGUCCAUUGGCCGAGACAUAGGGCACGCAGCGGCGGAGACUUACUUGGUGACUUGGCUCAGCUUCAAGCUCCUCCGUUGCCUCGGGGUAGGCUACCGGUGGAUUAUGAAAUUACUCGCUCUCGGUUGCUAUGCUAUGCUCCUUAUGCCUGGUUUUAUUCAAGUUGCAUAUUAUUAUUUCUUCUCAAGUCAAGUCCAACGCAGUAUUGUAUAUGGAGAUCAACCAAGAAAUAGAUUGGAUCUGCAUUUACCAAAGAAUAGUGAAGGGUCGAAGCCAGUUGUGGCAUUUGUCACUGGUGGAGCUUGGAUCAUUGGGUAUAAGGCAUGGGGUGCUCUUCUGGGCAAACAGUUGGCCGAAAGAGAUAUUAUUGUGGCAUGUAUUGAUUACAGAAAUUUUCCCCAGGGGACCAUCAGUGAGAUGGUCAAUGAUGCAUCUCAGGGAAUCUCUUUCGUUUGUAACAACAUUGCCGAAUAUGGAGGUGACCCCAACAGGAUUUACCUAAUGGGUCAAUCGGCGGGUGCUCAUAUUGCUGCUUGUGCUCUCAUAGAGCAAGCAAUUAAAGAAUCUCUAGGGGACAGCAUUUCCUGGAGUGUGUCCCAGAUAAAAGCAUAUUUUGGUUUGUCUGGAGGGUACAAUUUAUUCAAUUUAGUUGAUCACUUUCAUAAUCGAGGCCUCUACCGUUCCAUUUUCUUGAGCAUAAUGGAGGGGGAGAAAUCGUUUGAACAAUUUUCUCCUGAAGUUCGUGUACGAGAAAUUGCCAACAGAAACUCAGCUUCCCUAUUGCCUCCAAUCUCCCUUUUCCAUGGAACCACUGACUAUUCAAUACCAGCAGAUUCCAGCAAAACUUUUGUAGAGACCCUCCAGAAAGUCGGUGCCCAGGCUGAACUAAUUCUGUAUGAAGGGAAAACACACACCGAUCUGUUUCUCCAGGAUCCUCUUCGAGGUGGGAAAGAUGAUUUAUUCGACCACAUUGUUGCUAAGAUACAUGCAGACGACCCUGAAGCUCUUGCCAGAGAUGCAGUGGCACCCCCAAGGAGACGGCUUGUUCCGGAGAUCUUGCUUUUGUUGGCUCACAAGAUCAGCCCCUUCUAGUUUAGGUCACAUUCAUGUAUAUCAUAUAUCUUCACAAUCGAACUAUCAUCGUAUACAUAAUGUGUGCACUUAUCAUCAAUUAUUGAAUUGAAACGCAUGCUCCUAUGCCGAGAUAUUGUCAUUCUUUCCAAGUGA